AUGGCUGGUAUCGCGAAUGUUGUUGAGGCAAGUCCUCAGAGCUCACUCGAGAAGAUUGAUGCUUCCCACCUUGAGAAGACUGGUGGCGUACUUGGGCUGCAAGCUGCUGCCAGUGAUGAGCAGCUCCAUGUCGAAUACGAUGAGAAGGAGACGAAGAAGAUUUUACGAAAGAUCGACUAUCGACUGCUACCUGGUACGCCUCCAAAGCCACUGUCACGGUGA